GUCAGAAAGAGCCCAGAGUUUCAAAUUCAAAUUUUGUAGGUUACGGGACGCAGAGCUUGACAGGUGUUUGUGAGUGCUUUUAUAAGUAAGCGAGCGCAUUUUGUUUUCUGCUGCUGCUAGAGCUAUUUCUCUUCGAAAAAUGCCGCCUCGCAUUCCCGUUGCCGUUCGGCUUGCGCGAGUCGCGGCCCUCGUAGCUGAAGACGAUACACGGCUGUCUCACUAUCUUCGGGAGAAAGUAUUGAUUACGAUCGAUUUUGAUACCUCAGAAUCCGCAAAGCUUUUAAGUCUUGUUGUUUUCUGUAACAACAUCUAGGUCGGAGUAGUAGAAAAGUAGAAAACCAUUUUUUCCGUACACAGGUUCCAGCACUCGGAGCAUGCGCGGCAUCUCCUGCGACGCCCGCCGAGUACAGUUCGAAGGACUUGUAUGAGCUAACGCAAAAGACGAUUGACGAGUUUCAGAUAACAGCUUUACCUGCGCUUGAAGCACUGUCUGCACACUACAAAAAAGAAGUAGCCGCGCCACCUAUAUCGGAAGGCGCCAAAUGUAGUAAGAGCGGGGCUGUCCAGUACUACCGGACACUGUUGCAGCUCGUGGUUACAUGUUUGCAGCAGGAGGAAGACGAGCGGAAGAAGCGGAAGCAGGAGACCGGAGGUUCAGUUGCAGACCAAGGCGCGCCUCGUGUAGCGAGCCAUCGCCUGGAAGUGGCCGCAGCAAAUAGUACAACAAGCAGUUCUGUUCAUCAGACUGCUGGAAGCGCGACUUUGGCGCGUUCGACGGGAGGUGGAGCGUCUAACCCUGUGCUAGUUGUUGCGACCCCAAGUGCGCUCUCGGUAGGAGCAGCUUCCAGCAUGAACACUCCAUUGUCUAUUGCGACUCCCUAUGGGCCGUAUGGCACAGUUCCUGGAGGCAAUCCGCUCGUUACGCAGCACACAACAACCGCAGCUACAACUUCAAUGGUGCGCCGACCAGAGUACGCUUCUAGCAAUAAUCGUGAGCUCUACGUGUUACACGGCGCAGGUAGUGUGAGCGAUAAUUCUACGAGUUUCAUCGACCACCAAUCGGUUUCAACAUCUUCCGCGGCAUCGACUUUCCCUGCAACACGGACUAGGAGACCACAGCGCGUGCAGCUCGUUCCCGGAGGAGUGGAUUCUGUUGGAGGCCGUGACGUUUUGAUGGCAACGACAGCGAUUUGCAGCCAAGGAGCGUCCCUGGUUGAUCCGGGGAUCUCACUUUCAUCAUCGCCUUUUGUGGGCUAUGGUGGACCUGGUUCGGUGCCGAUGGUGACAAGAUCACCGCUGAUGACAGCGGGUUUGAGCCGAUCGGUGCGUUCGUCCCUAGGAGGGGCGCGUGGGACAGUGCUGCAUGGCUCGGCGAGUGCUAGUUCGUUGGGAAACGCAGCUGCAACGCCUGGCGUUGUUCCCGGAACACUACCUGCAUCGUCUUCGACUUCUUCGUCCUUGUUUCCGACUACCACCAGAGCUGCGGUGGCACGUUCGGUCUCCCCUUUAGCGUCAGGAAAACGAAGGACGAUCGCUUCCUCAAAUAAAAACGGAGGUGCGGGAAAAACAACGCAUAGUGCAACAUUGGUCAAGCAGUACACGCAGAGUGCAACCGCGAAUCUUACCGGAAGCAGCAGUGCCAGCAGCUCCAUAGAACAAGUCACUCUUCCAAUAACAGCGAUAAAUGGCGGCCUUGCGCCACCAGCUGGGCUUUUCGUCGGAACGAUCGGGACACCUGUUCUCUCCUCAGCGGCAGCAGCGAUGACCGAAGUUGUGGCCGCCGGCAAUCUCAUUGGCGCAUUGGAGAAGGUCGCGGAAGGCGGAGCGGCAGAAGUGAAAGUGCUAGGAGCUACCUCUUGCGCGGGCAAAUCCGAGGAGGAGCCUAAUGCAAUAGUUGGCGAAGAUGAAAGUAAGAGGAAGAGUGAACCAACAACAACGGCUUCGGAGGACGAGCCUGUGCCAAAUCGCAAUUCGCUGCCACUUGUCGUUGCUAGUACCACCCGCGCUCCCGAAAUCCGAGCCGGCGAGCAAGCCACAAGCUUACCUCUCCAGCCGGUUCUUAGCUAUUACAACGACGGACGAGACGACACCGACACAAAUGAGAAUGCUGUUCCGCUGCCUAAGCGUGGCAGUAUAUGGCAGAGCGCGGGUACGGCAGAAGCAUCUGGGAGCAAGAGUGUCGGAGAGCGACAGAACAUGCUAGUGAUCGAGAGUUCUGUCGCAGACCCGCGCGAACACGAUAUUGACCCAAUGACGCAUGUUGGCGGAUCCGCAGAAACGCUUGGUACCUUACAAUACCUGAGCACUAGAGUGAGGAAGAACGUGGUACGAAGACUCUUCGAGAAUAGGAGGCUGAAAACGUGCUCCUAAAUUAUUCCUGACAAACAAUCCAAAUCUGUACUCUCCAGAUUUCUUGACGGGGGAGAACAUUGUAGUCGCAACGCCGCACUCUAGAGGGGAGGAGGAAUUGCGAGAUGCUCUAGAACAGGCCGUUCGGUGGAAUGAAGAUCUGCGGGACCGAUUGUCAGACCGAGAUAGCGAAUUGAUUAAGGUAGUUUAUUGAAACGGAUUAAGGUAGUUUUGCGAGGUGGCAGUACGAGAGUACAUUAGGGUCAUGUACUUGAUGAGCUUUCAUUGACGUGUUUGUCCUGAAACAAACUUAAGCUUGAUCUAUACGCACUAAGCUCUACAGGUAAUUAGCGAAGGCACUGCUGGUGAAUCGAACCGAGACGAGCUCGCCAAGAAGCUCGUGGAGGCCUUGCAGCGAGAGGUCGCGAAGAUCUCCAGUCCUAAACGGCCCGCGCUCUCUCCUGUGUGGCAACGGCGUGCGGAGGCAGCAAGUCACCUGCUUGCCCCGGGGGGUGGGUCCGGUUUGCAAACAUCCUCUGGGUUGGCGAGUUCGCUCGGAGGACCGAUCGGUUCUACUGGAGUCGACAACCUUGUGUUUGCAAGGCAGGCAGAGCAGAUCGGAAAGAUGCACGACCAAAUCGCAGCAUUAGAGAGCCGCAACAGCACUUUAGCGCGCGAAUUGGAGAUGUCGAAAUGUGAGUGCGUCCGGUUAGAGGCAGAACUGCGCGCAGCGAACGCGAGAGCGGAUGUGCAUGAGUGCGCAUUGCAGACCAAAAUAGCCGAGGAUGACGCCGAUCUCUUUCACUCCGAAGACUUCAUGCGCCGCGUGACUUCAGUAUAUCCUGUAGAUGCGCCGGCGCCGCGCCGAGGUGGACCGUGUAGACGGGUGGUUUUGCGCGAUGAGGGUGAAGCAAUUGCGGCUCAUGAAGAGGGGGAGGAAGAGCCAGAGGACGCGACAACGACGGACUCUGCCGUUGACCGAAGGCGGUUGGAUAUAAGGGCCACGGCCAGAGUUUCUCAGGUCACGUCAGAGACGACAGGUGCCGGGGGAGACGGGUUGCUGGGAACGAUUGAAGGACAAGCCGUGGACGUCCCUGGAGCAGCUGCGACAAAUGAUACGGCUUCACGUCAUCGAGCUCCAACGCUCGAUGCUUUACUGCGUUCUAGUUCGCAAAUGCGUGACGAGAUCGCCGCAAUGGAGCGUCGAGGCGGACUCGGGUCCCCUUACGGGAGUCCCCAGGGUACGAGAUCAUCCGGGAUAUCUCCAUCUUCAGCAUCACCGAAGCCUCUCAACUACAACUUUUAUCCCGAAAACUUGGUGUCAAAUGUGUACGAGCAGAGCGAGGAGAACUUCCCAGAUGAUCCAGAAGGCGACUACGUUGACGGGCAGAAGUGUACGGAUCGUGUUUUGCAUGCACUCGACGAGGUGCGCGUCCUGAUGGAACCCAUGCUGAAGCGUGUUGCCUCUACUGACCACUGCCCACCCGGUGAUCAUCAACGUGAUCCUGAAGGCUACGGGGGCACGAUGAACGACAUUGAUGAUUUUUUUGGUGAUCCAGGCACGGCUCAUUACAGCAUAAGCAACGACAACGUCAGUCGAUAUAACAUCGGAAGCGACGCGGACGAGCACAGCGGCAGAAGCAGGCGUCAGUUUUCGUGGCGCGGUAACGGCGGAGCAGACGUUCCUGGUGACCUGGACUACGAAAUGGGAGCGGGCUUGGGCCUCGUAGAUGGUUACCCCGCGACGUUUCCGCGUCAUACGGCGUCUCUCCCGCAGCCUGAUGCGUCUCCAGUGCGCCCUGCGUUUCUAAGGAGGCGGCGCGAUGAAUCCGCUGCUACCCGAUUACGAAAUCGAAACCAACAGAGAUCUGGCGGCGGUACGGAUCAGCUGUCGAGGCCUCGCAGCGCCGCGUUCAUGAAGUUGGCAGCAUCACUCUCGCCGAGCACCCGACGAAAAUGGUGGCGGAAUCGCAGAUGCAAUGCCGCAAGAAACGCUGUCAGUGGAAGCAAGCUGAUGCGAGGGCAGCAGAGGAGUCAGACCGCAAUUCAGCAGCAGUCACUCGGUGGAUCCUCGCGAGCAGGCCUGUUUUCGUCUUUCUACCAAGAAGAUACUAACAGCUCGUAUGGUGUUGAUUCACCUUCGGGAGAACGAGGUCAACAGAAUUCGUUGUAUACAUUCCAUAGUAGUAGGAACUAUGCAGGUGGUGGUCAUGGAGGUGGAGGAGUUUUCGAUGUUGACCAACACGAAGUUGCGUUGCCUCCAUCUUUUGUGAAGCGCUACUCGAAGAAAGCGUCGUCAUCACAAUCGGUAUCGAAGACGCCUGUGAUAGCACCAAGCUCUUUCGACGAGAAAGGCAUGGAAGAAGAAGGUGGUUCUCACCCUUCGGGGCGACGACCCGCAGAAAUGUCUCAUGUGCUUCCGCGGAUGAACACUCGCGCUGGUGAAUCGCGAAGCCAUCAUCCAAAUCGACCGCGCAGUAGACAGGACGGUAGGAACGGUUCGGCUUUUGCCAAAGCAGAUUUUCCUCUUAACAAUGUAACGUCAACCUCAACAAGUCCUUCCUUUUUCAAUAAUAGCCGUCUCGAUGCGACCAAUUAUUCUGGCGACCACCAACUACAGCAACCUCCGGAGUCAUCUUCGAAUUUUUAUUCCAGAGAGGAUGAUAGUAGCAGCAGGAGCCCAGCAAAGCAGCUGUGGGACCCAACACCAAAGGAUCGGAUCGCGCGUGCAACCCCCUCUGCCGCGCAGGAAAGUAUUGGUGGGCCUAACAUCGUGCUUGAGCAGUUGCCCCCAGCCAUGCAGAACAGCUCUUCUGUCGUCGUCUUACCCAACGAGGACGCAGAGGAAGCCUUUCCGGAGGUGCCGCCACUGAGUCCGGACGAUGACGAGAAUGAGGAGUAUGAAACGGAUCAAGAUGAAAUCGACGUUACUGCUGGGACUACGACUGCAGCUAAUGCGAAGGAACAGGUUGAACCAGGAGUAUUUUCAGGUGACGUAGCAAUCGCAGCAUCUUCCACAGCAACACGGACACCAGCAUCCGCUGACGCAGCCUCUGUUCGAGGUAGAAGUUGUAGUAAGUACGAGUUGCAAAAAUGUGUAUCUUCAUCCAACUUGACAAAUGGCGUACAGCAAACCGCUGGGAAGCCGAAUGCAGCUAAAAGAGAGGACGUUCUUGCGACAAAUGGAACUAACAUCACGAAUACAACCGCAAAAGCCAGAGGGCCGCUGGUGCUAGGGCAACCUACCGACGAAUUGGUCCCGAAGGAAGUGCGGUGUCUAAAGGAGCAGAUAUUAGCGCAGAACCAGCGGCUUGCAGACGCUCUGCGUCGCGUUCGCGCCAUGAAGGGCCAGAAUGACAGUGUGUCUGAAACAACCGAAUCGAAGUAAGUCUUAUCUACUUGGCCGCUGCCUUCCGUUCCCUUGCUUCUUCUAACAAGUUUUUAUACACUAGAAUCAACACCACGAAAAUCUAUUUUGUUCGUCUGACCAACUACCACUUUUUCCUUCGCGUUCAGCCGGAGUCUCCCGCCGUUCAGCGGACUUUUCUUUCUUUGCAAUGACCACAGAAAGAACCCUACAACUUGUCUGACAAAGAGGCUCAGCCCAC